AUGAUUGUUCCUGAAGUUCUUACAAAAUAUAAUUAUGGAGAGUGGAAGAUUUAUAUGAAGAGCUAUUUGUUAGGUGAAGGGCUUUGGGACAUUGUGAAGGGAAUUGAAAGUAAACCUGAAGACCCCACCUCACCUGAGUUCAAGAGUUGGAGAGAGAAAAAUGCAAAGGCUCUACACGCAAUUUUAAUUUCAUGUGAAGAAGAAAUGCUAUCUUCCAUUCAGAAGAGAGACUCAGCCAAAGAUGCUUGGGAUCAUUUGGCCCUUAUGUCCCAAGGAAGGACUAGCCCUAUUGGAGAAGAGAAUAUGGCUGAAGACGCAGUCCCAGUAACAAGGUACCGGGCCUUAUAUCAGGCUGCGUUUUGGGGUGAUUGGAAAAGAACCAAGAGUCUCCUAGAUGACGACGAUGGCAACGUCUCCUCCUCCUCUUCCUUGAUUACUGCUAUUCUUUUACCAUCCUGGGGAACGGUUCUUCAUGUUGCAGUUUCAGCUGGGCAUUUGAACCUGGUAGAAAAAUUGGUGGAUAUGAUGACCCCAGAUACCAUAUCCACAAUUACAAGGACAUGUCCUAUUAGUGCCCUUAACCUCGCCGCACGCGGUGGAUUCACCAAGAUUGCAGAAGUGUUAGUGAAAAAGAAUAUAUAUUCCUUGGAAAUCCCAGACGAUACGUUUGGGCUUAUCCCAGUUGCUACGGCUUGCCGAAGUGGACACAAAGACACCACACGAUACCUUUACGCAGUGACUAUCAAGGAAACAUUGAUUCAGGGAGACCGCAAGUGUGGUGCUACACUUCUUAAUAAUGCAAUUGCGUAUGAGAUGUAUGAUAUUGUUAUCGAUCUGCUUAGCCAUUUCCCACGGUUAGCUAUUGCUUAUGAUUACGGUGGUUGGACGACUAUUCGAGUUUUGGCAUCAAUGCCAAAUGCAUUUCCAAGUGGAGGACUAUACACUACAUGGCAACAUUGGAUCUACUCAUGUGCCCCAAUCUACAAUGAAAAAGAUAUUUCCAGUCUUGACAUGGGUACCACAAACAAGGAUCAGAGUAGCAUUGAAGCUUUCUACAUCUAA